AUGCUGACACCAAAGAAGACACUUGCUGUCAUGGCAAUCUUUGCUGCCAUCGCGGCAGCGAAGGAGCUUCCGGUGAAUCUGGAGCUCAAGGCCGAGCUCUAUGACAGUGGUAUCCGCCACGAGCAAAUCAUGGCUCUCAAAAAUCGUGUCUGGAGUGAGUUCGAAGCCCAAGGUGCCUACGACUCCCGCCAGUACAAAAAGUUUUCCGUCAAAAAGGCCAGCGACUUCUACGCCUGCACCAACGGCUUUGCGACCUACAUCCCCAACGACUCACGCUACAGGUUCAGGUGCAAGGAGCUCGACUUGUACGACUUCAAGACCCAUGCCGAGCUAGGCAGCACUCAAGGUAGGGGGGCCGGAUCAUGGGGUUGGACCUCUCCUGACGGAAGAGAAUUCGUCGCCAUUGCCCAGCUGGACGGGACCUCGUUUGCCGAGGUGACCAAGCAAGGCAAGCUGGUGUACCUUGGUCGUCUCCCACAAUACACCACUGCUGAACCGUCUUUGUGGAGAGAGAUCAAGGGGUACAAGAGCUACAUUGUUAUUGGUAGCGAGGCGGAGAAACACGGAGUCCAGAUAUUCGACUUGGCCAAGUUGCUGACCGUUGACCCGGCGAGUCCCGUGGUCUUCUCCAACCAGAAGGACCUGGCAGGAUGGUGGGGAGAUGCCUUGCCUAUUGGGCGAUCGCAUAAUGUCUUGACCAACGAGGAGCUGAACUACGGUGUGGCUGUGGGAUUCCAGCCCAGGAACUCGACAUACAAGGCAGGGUUGUUGUUCUUCGACCUGACGGACCCUGCAAACCCAACCACACUUGGUGGGUCUGGUGCGGACGGCUAUGUGCACGAUGCCCAGUGCUUGGUGUAUCGUGGUCCGGAUGAGAAGCAUAAGAACAUCACCAUCAUAUCCACCACCUCCUACGAAGGCGCCAGCUAUACCCACCAGGGAUGGGUUUUGGACACCCAGUGGCAACAACAUAUCAUUGCUGACGAUGAAUACGACGAAGUCGACGCACGCGGUCCUGCACGUGAAGGCUACCCCGUCUCGUACAUCUGGGACAUCAGCUCGCUCGAGAAACCGAAGCAGACGGGACACUACAAGCAUCUGAGAAAGGGAAUCGACCAUAACCAGUUUGUCAAAGAUGGCUUCUCGUACCAGAGCAAUUACGCCCUUGGCAUCAGCGUGCUGGAUUUAAGAUCUGUGCCAAGAGAUCCCACCGGCAAAGGAAUCAAAGAGGUGGCAUACUUUGACACAUACCCCGAGGACGAUCACCUUCCCGGUGGUGGAAAUGUCACAUUCACUGGCACCUGGAGUCACUACCCGUUCUUGCCUAGCGGGUUCAUUGUCAUCAACACCAUGGACCGUGGUGCAUUUGUAGUGAAGAAGUCCAAGGGAGCGGCGUGGUAA